AUGGCUUAUGGUUGGAUUGACAACGUAGGACAGGUAUCGUUGGCUUUCGCUGCUGCUGAUAGCGUAGACUUUAAGUUGUUCUACUCAUUUGACUACGCAGGCAAUGGACCAUGGCCAAAGGCUGAUGUCAUUCAAUUCAUCUAA